AAAAAAAAAAAAAAAAAAAAAACAACCUCCCUAGAGUUAUCCAAGAAGGUCCAUUCGUAGUCUGGCCACGGCAUCUCCUUCCGUCAAUUGCAUUGCAGUCCAUGUCCUCGACUUUUUGCAAACUCUCAACAUUGGAAAGUCUGACCCUCUAGCGAACCAAGACCGAGUCACCGAGUGAACUCCUUCCUCGCUUGGUACGGAACCAAACAACGAUCACCUUUCUUCCGCUUGUCUUCCAUCUGUUUGCCGAUACAACCUCAUCCAUGGUGGCGGUCAAGACUCACACAUUGCGACCCAUCCUGUUGCUACCUUGAUUUGCUACCUUGAUUCCUCACAGUUGACCAACUCUCGAAGUUCGAAAUUUUGCGUCUCACACAAUUACCGCAAACGGCUACGACAGAAGACCGCCUUAUCGUCUCACAGAUUUCCACAUUGGCAUGGAAUACCAAGCUGACCUGCCGCGGCCCGGCCCGGCUGUUGGUCUCGGAAGCAUCUUCUUGAUCGCCGUCACCAUUCUCGUCUUUCUCCUACCUGUUGUCAAAUACUUCCCAAUCCUACCCUCGGUGACGGAGGCACUCCUCCAAACUCAUACCAGAAUAGGCCUGGAUGACUCACAGCGCCGACUACCCAGGCACUCAAGAAGAGACAGCAAAGCAAGCAAUAAUGGUCCAGGAAGAAUUCAGAGUUUAUGGAUCUUCCCAGUAAAGUCCUGCAAGGGCAUUGAGGUACUUGAGAGCAAAGUUGUACCCGCCGGCCUCGAAUACGACCGCAUCUACACUUUCGCUCAGCUCAAGAGUCCGUUUCCGGUCGGGCUCGACACCCCGGAUGAGGCAAAGAAGGAGCACUCGUGGGAAUUCAUCUCGCAGAGACAGUUUCCCCGUCUUGCCACUGUCAGUGUGGAUCUCUAUGUUCCUGACAUCCGCAAGGCUCGAGGGGGAGGCCAGCAGCUAUUGUCUCUGGACAGCACCAACAAGUCCACUGCUGCUUUGGGAGACUCGUUCAUCGUCAUUCGCUUUCCCUGGCAGGAGCUAGGACUGCGCGGCACGAUGGCGUGGCUGGGCGCAAAACUCUCGCGGGGCCUUCACGCAGUACCCGAAAAGGAAAUCAUUCUCCCUGUCUCCUUUCCUUCUGAGGAUGAGAUCGAGGCCAGGAAGUACACAUGGGAGCCGGUGAAGAUCUGGCGGGAUACGGUCACUGCGCUCAACAUGGAGGCUGACUUACCUCGGGAGUUGAGGCUACACUUGGGAGUGAGCAACAGGCUCGGCUUAUUUCGCGUCGACCCGACCCGAUUGCGGGAGGUAUACCGGAAUGCGCCCAAGAAGGAGGAGGCCGGCUAUCAGCCCGUUACAGGCUGGCAGGAUGCGUAUCCUGUGCAUCUCAUCAACCUAUCAAGUGUUCAGGAUUUAGACGCCAAAAUCGACAAGGAUGACAACCUCAAAUCACUCGACCCAUUGAGGUUUCGGGCCAACAUCAUAGUUGACGGCGUCGAAGCCUAUGAAGAAGAAAGCUGGAAGAAUAUCCGCUUCAACCCCGGGCCAUCUAACAAAAGACAAGACAAGACCAACUUUCACGUAUCAUGCCGGACUGUACGCUGCAAAAUGCCCAACGUCGAUCAAGACACGGGUUUCCGUCACCCUGCCGAGCCAGACCGAUCUCUUCGAAAAUACAGAGACGUAGAUCCCGGAAUCAACGGCGUCGGUUGCCUCGGCAUGCAGCUGACCCCCUUGUUCCGUGACCCUACUACCGAAGCUGAAGCAGCCAGUCCCAGUGCCGAUGAUAUGGUGAUGGAUAGCUGGGUCGAAGUUGGUAUGGAUAUCGAGGUGCUCGGCCGGGGACCUCAUCGGUAUGCUAGGAUGUUUGAGACUGACAGGCCGGAUAUCUGAAACUCUCAAUCAUUACUACAGCACUGGGUUUAGGAAGGGGGAAAAAAGGGUGUAUAGCGUCAUCACUGGCGUCAUCACUUUAGAUGGGAUGCAUUAGGUCUACUUGGUAGACUUAGACCUUAAGGCGGGCUAGACCGAAAAGCAACCUGAUUUCUUCAUGAUUAUAUCAUCCAUGAAUAGCAGGGCUGGGAAAGGGGAAUGGGGGAUUAUGGAGCAAAGGAAAAUGGGGAACAUAUACCAGUCCAAUACUGGUUUGUUUGUUAGCUCGAGACCUCGGGUUAACUUCCCUAGGCGUUUUCAUAUCUAUUGAUGC